GGCGCAGACCGAAAGUGGGGAAAGAAGGUGCAGGCAGGCGGGCAGGCGGGCGGGCGCCCUGGCCCAGGGCCGCGGGUGCGGGAGCCCGGCGAGGUCGAGCUGGGCGGCGGCGGGGGCCGCGCCGAGGGAGGAGGGGAAGGCGGAGGCGCGGGGAGCGUGUUUGGGGCGCCGCGGCGGGGAGGGUGGCGGCCGCUGGUGCGCGCGGGGCGCUGUGUGUGCGCGCUCCCCCGCUCGGGGAGGAAGAUGGCCCAAAAGGGAAAGUUGGGGUGACGCGCGCGGUCCCCGGAGGCUCGGCGGGGGGCACCGCGGCCAGCCCGACGGAGCGGCGGACACACAGGCCGGGGGGCGCGCAGUCCGGGCGCCGCCGCGGCCGCCCCCUCACUGCAGGUGGCAGCGGGUGCGCUGGGUCCCGGCGGCCGCUGGCGCGGGCGGGCGCGCGGGGGAGCCCGGCCGAGGGAUGGGCUGCGCCCCCAGCAUCCAUGUCUCGCAGAGCGGCGUGAUCUACUGCCGGGACUCGGACGAGUCCAGCUCGCCCCGCCAGACCACCAGCGUGUCGCAGGGCCCGGCGGCACCUCUGCCCGGCCUCUUCGUCCAGACCGACGCCGCCGACGCCAUCCCCCCGAGCCGCGCGUCGGGACCCCCCAGCGCAGCCCGCGUCCGCAGGACCCGCACCGAGCUGGGCAGCGGUAGCAGCGCGGGUUCCGCAGCCCCCGCCGCGACCACCAGCAGGGGCCGGAGGCGCCACUGCUGCAGCAGCGCCGAGGCCGAGACUCAGACCUGCUACACCAGCGUGAAGCAGGUGUCUUCUGCGGAGGUGCGCAUCGGGCCCAUGAGACUGACGCAGGACCCUAUUCAGGUUUUGCUGAUCUUUGCAAAGGAAGAUAGUCAGAGCGAUGGCUUCUGGUGGGCCUGUGACAGAGCUGGUUAUAGAUGCAAUAUUGCUCGGACUCCAGAGUCAGCCCUUGAAUGCUUUCUUGAUAAGCAUCAUGAAAUUAUUGUAAUUGAUCAUAGACAAACUCAGAACUUCGAUGCAGAAGCGGUGUGCAGGUCGAUCCGGGCCACAAAUCCCUCCGAGCACACGGUGAUCCUCGCAGUGGUUUCGCGAGUAUCGGAUGACCAUGAAGAGGCGUCAGUCCUUCCUCUUCUCCACGCAGGCUUCAACAGGAGAUUUAUGGAAAAUAGCAGCAUAAUUGCUUGCUAUAAUGAACUGAUUCAAAUAGAACAUGGGGAAGUUCGCUCCCAGUUCAAAUUACGGGCCUGUAAUUCAGUGUUUACAGCAUUAGAUCACUGUCAUGAAGCCAUAGAAAUAACAAGCGAUGACCACGUAAUUCAGUAUGUCAACCCAGCCUUCGAAAGGAUGAUGGGCUACCACAAAGGUGAGCUCCUGGGAAAAGAACUCGCUGAUCUGCCCAAAAGCGAUAAGAACCGGGCAGACCUUCUCGACACCAUCAAUACAUGCAUCAAGAAGGGAAAGGAGUGGCAGGGGGUUUACUAUGCCAGACGGAAAUCCGGGGACAGCAUCCAACAGCACGUGAAGAUCACCCCAGUGAUUGGCCAAGGAGGGAAAAUUAGGCAUUUUGUCUCGCUCAAGAAACUGUGUUGUACCACUGACAAUAAUAAGCAGAUUCACAAGAUUCAUCGUGAUUCAGGAGACAAUUCUCAGACAGAGCCUCAUUCAUUUAGAUAUAAGAACAGGAGGAAAGAGUCCAUUGACGUGAAAUCGAUAUCAUCUCGAGGCAGUGAUGCACCAAGCCUGCAGAAUCGUCGCUAUCCGUCCAUGGCGAGGAUCCACUCCAUGACCAUCGAGGCUCCCAUCACAAAGGUUAUAAAUAUCAUUAAUGCAGCCCAAGAAAACAGCCCAGUCACAGUAGCGGAAGCCUUGGACAGAGUUCUAGAGAUUUUACGGACCACAGAACUGUACUCCCCUCAGCUGGGUACCAAAGAUGAAGAUCCCCACACCAGUGAUCUUGUUGGAGGCCUGAUGACUGACGGCUUGAGAAGACUGUCAGGAAAUGAGUAUGUGUUUACUAAGAAUGUGCACCAGAGUCACAGUCACCUUGCAAUGCCAAUAACCAUCAAUGAUGUUCCCCCUUGUAUCUCUCAAUUACUUGACAAUGAGGAGAGUUGGGACUUCAACAUCUUUGAAUUGGAAGCCAUUACGCAUAAAAGGCCAUUGGUUUACCUGGGCUUAAAGGUCUUCUCUCGGUUUGGAGUAUGUGAAUUUUUAAACUGUUCUGAAACCACUCUUCGGGCCUGGUUCCAAGUGAUCGAAGCCAACUACCACUCUUCCAAUGCCUACCACAACUCCACCCAUGCUGCCGACGUCCUGCACGCCACCGCUUUCUUUCUUGGAAAGGAAAGAGUAAAGGGAAGCCUUGAUCAGCUGGAUGAGGUGGCAGCCCUCAUUGCUGCCACAGUCCAUGACGUGGAUCACCCGGGAAGGACCAACUCUUUCCUCUGCAAUGCAGGCAGUGAGCUUGCUGUGCUCUACAAUGACACUGCUGUUCUGGAGAGUCACCACACCGCCCUGGCCUUCCAGCUCACGGUCAAGGACACCAAGUGCAACAUUUUCAAGAAUAUUGACAGGAACCAUUAUCGAACGCUGCGCCAGGCUAUUAUUGACAUGGUUUUGGCAACAGAGAUGACAAAACACUUUGAACAUGUGAAUAAGUUUGUGAACAGCAUUAACAAGCCAAUGGCAGCUGAGAUUGAAGGCAGCGACUGUGAAUGCAACCCUGCUGGGAAGAACUUCCCUGAAAACCAAAUCCUGAUCAAACGCAUGAUGAUUAAGUGUGCUGACGUGGCCAACCCAUGCCGCCCCUUGGACCUGUGCAUUGAAUGGGCUGGGAGGAUCUCUGAGGAGUAUUUUGCACAGACUGAUGAAGAGAAGAGACAGGGACUACCUGUGGUGAUGCCAGUGUUUGACCGGAAUACCUGUAGCAUCCCCAAGUCUCAGAUCUCUUUCAUUGACUACUUCAUAACAGACAUGUUUGAUGCUUGGGAUGCCUUUGCACAUCUGCCAGCCCUGAUGCAGCAUUUGGCUGACAACUACAAACACUGGAAGACACUAGAUGACCUAAAGUGCAAAAGUUUGAGGCUUCCAUCUGACAGCUAAAGCCAAGCCACAGAGGGGGCCUCUUGACCGACAAAGGACACUGUGAAUCACAGUAGCGUAAACAAGAGGCCUUCCUUUCUAAUGACAAUGACAGGUAUUGGUGAAGGAGCUAAUGUUUAAUAUUUGACCUUGAAUCAUUCAAGUCCCCAAAUUUCAUUCUUAGAAAGUUAUGUUCCAUGAAGAAAAAUAUAUGUUCUUUUGAAUACUUAAUGACAGAACAAAUACUUGGCAAACUCCUUUGCUCUGCUAUCAUCCUGUGUACCCUUGUCAAUCCAUGGAGCUGGUUCACUGUAACUAGCAGGCCACAGGAAGCAAAGCCUUGGUGCCUGUGAGCUCAUCUCCCAGGAUGGUGACUAAGUAGCUUAGCUAGUGAUCAGCUCAUCCUUUACCAUAAAAGUCAUCAUUGCUGUUUAGCUUGACUGUUUUCCUCAAGAACAUCGAUCUGAAGGAUUCAUAAGGAGCUUAUCUGAACAGAUUUAUCUAAGAAAAAAAAAAAACGACAUAAAAUAAGUGAAACAACUAGGACCAAAUUACAGAUAAACUAUUUAGCUUCACAGCCUCUAUGGCUACAUGGUUCUUCUGGCCGAUGGUAUGACACCUAAGUUAGAACACAGCCUUGGCUGGUGGGUGCCCUCUCUAGACUGGUAUCAGCAGCCUGUGUAACCCCUUUCCUGUAAAAGGGGUUCAUCUUAACAGAAAGUCAUCCAUGAUGAGGGAAAAAGUGGCAUUUCAUUUUUGGGGAAUCCAUGAGCUUCCUUUAUUUCUGGCUCACAGAGGCAGCCACGAGGCACUACACCAAGUAUUAUAUAAAAGCCAUUAAAUUUGAAUGCCCUUGGACAAGCUUUUCUUAAAAAAAAAAAAAGUUUAUAUACAUGUUUAAAAUUUUUAUUAAAAUCCAAAUUUUCUGGGUGUAAGCCCAUGCAGUAUGUUGUGCCAUGCACCAUCUAUACGUAAUAUUUUGGGAGGGGAUAGGGGAAGUUUCAAGGUUCAGAUAUUUUUAACCAAUCUAUAUUUGAAAUCAUGCCAUUAGCUUUAACAAUGUUAAAAUUGUGCGGUGUAAAUAUAUCAGAAAAUAGGCAUAUGGGGAGGCAGUAAAUACUAUUUUAAGCUAUUAAUUGUAUGCUAAAAGCUUCUAAAGCACAAGUGCAUAUUUUUAUACUGCUCUUUUCACAACUCCCUGUGAUCUACAUAAAGUCAGACUCGAGAUUUUCCUUUCUCUUUUACCAGCCGAUCCUUCCUAUGUAUUAUAAAUAUUAGACUCCGUAAACAAACUUCAUUUUUCUUUCUCUGUACUUCAUGCUGCAUUUUUAAAAGGUAUAAACAGAGACUGAAUUGAGUCAGUAAUUACUUUUUUCCAAUACAAAUUGGAAUGCAGAAUACUUGGAACUUGUACAUGGGGAAAAAAUGACUUAUCACUACAUAAUGUGCCAAUGUUUUUUUCUAUGUUUUGUACCAAAAAUGGAAAAAUAUGACAAUUCCAUGCAAAGAAAUGUAUCUAAAUUAUUUUUGUUAGAUGAUAAGAGAACUUGCUUGGUCAGGACAGCAGCCAGCUUUGUAUUGUAAUGCUAUAUUAUGUAAAUGUGAUGAAAAUGUUUUUGUGAAGUACUUGUAACUAAAUUCCUACAGCCAUUUUUCAUUCCCAACAGCUGUUUUUAUUUUACCUCUUUGGCCUAAAGUUUUCAUAAUUUCAAA